AAGGUUUAUGAACGCCUGAGCUUAAUGACCAAAUGAAAAGACAACAGAGGUGAACAGACUUGUUCGUACCCUGCAGCUAAAUAAGUACUUCCUUCAUACCAUGCGUAAAUUUGGCUGUCGACUCACCUUUCCAGGAAAGGUUGCAGUUUCCUUGUUAGCGGUUGGAGUUUUCAUCAUAUUUCGUGAAAAAACAUUCCCACAACCAACACACCUACUUGUGACAGGUGAGGUGGAACACAAAGGAUCCACUUUCCUUUCUGUUGUCCUGUCACCAAAUCCCAAAUGUCUAGGUGGCUUUUACACUGAAGAGGAGCUGAAGCCUCACCUCCAGAGGCCUAUCCAAGAUCUCAGUGCACCAGGCGCAAAUGGUAAACCCUUUGUGUCAACCCAUAUGUCUCUUAAAGAGCUGAAAGAGAAACAAAAUGGGUUUAAGAAAAACCAGUUCAACCAGUUUGCCAGUGAUCGUAUCUCCCUUCACCGUGAUCUGGGGAAUGAUACACGCCACCCAGACUGCUUGGCACAGAAAUUUAGGCGUUGUCCUGGCCUCCCUACUACCAGUGUGAUCAUAGUGUUUCACAAUGAGGCCUGGUCCACUCUGCUUAGGACGGUCUACAGUGUCUUACACACAGCUCCUGCAGUCCUGCUCAAAGAGAUCUUACUGGUGGAUGAUGCCAGCACAGACGCACACCUUAAGACUCCUCUGGAUAACUAUGUGCAGGAUCUGAAAAUAGUCCGUGUGUUACGACAGAAGACAAGGAAAGGUUUAAUUGCAGCCAGAUUGUUGGGAACACAGGCCGCACAAGGAGAAGUCCUCACGUUCCUGGAUUCCCACUGUGAAUGCUUCCCUGGAUGGCUGGAGCCUCUUCUAGCACGGAUAGUAGAGGAGCCUACUGCUGUGGUGAGCCCCAAAAUCGCCAGUAUUGACCAAUAUAACCUAAAGUUCAGUAAGCCAAUCCCAAAACCACUUAUUCACAGUCGAGGAAAUUUUAACUGGAAUCUCAAGUUUGGAUGGGAGCUCCUCCCGAAAGAGGAGAAGAAACGAAGAAGGAACGAGACUAGUCCCAUCAGAACUCCUACUUUUGCUGGCGGCCUGUUCUCCGUAUCUAAAUCAUACUUUGAGCAUCUUGGGCUGUAUGAUGACCAAAUGGAGUUCUGGGGAGGUGAGAAUUUGGAAAUGUCUUUCAGGGUCUGGCAAUGUGGAGGUCAGCUGGAGAUUAUUCCUUGUUCUGUUGUAGGGCACAUUUUCCGCACUCAUAGCCCCCACACAUACCCAAAUGGCAAGGCUGUAAUUGCACGCAACCUGGUCCGCCUGGCUGAGGUCUGGAUGGACGACUUCAAAUGGGUUUUCUAUCGUAGACACAGAAAGGCUGGUUCAAUUUUUAAACAGAAUUUAUUUGGAGACGUUACCAAACGUCGUGAACUCAGGGAGAGAUUAAAGUGCAAUAACUUUUCAUGGUAUCUUAAAAACAUUUAUCCAGAGGUCUACGUGCCUGACAUCAGACCAGUCAUGCAUGGAAAGUUGGAAAACAUUGGCUGGGAGUGCUGCCUGGAUGUGGUGAACCCAAAAAAGCAAUGGCCUGUUCAACAUGUCAGCUGUAGUAUUGAGGAUCAGGCACAGUAUUUUGAGUAUACAUCACUGAAAGAGAUACGGCUUAGCAGCAGCACUGAGAUGUGUCUACAUGCAACUCCUGGAAGAGUUAAUGUGACUCUUAGGCACUGUCAUCUGAAGGGAAAACAAACCAGAACAGCACCUGAGCAAGUGUGGAUCUUCACACAGGACAACCAACUGAGGAACCCGUCAACAGGAAAAUGUUUGUCAGUCUCAAAAGACAAUGUGAUUAUAACUUCCUGCAUAUCCACCAGACCCAGCCAAAACUGGCUCUUCAUCUGACUUUUGUCAUGGAUUUGUACAACGUUGAUUCUAUUGCUGCUGUAUAAAAUUUUCUUUUUUUUUAAAACUGAUAAUAUAUAUAUAUUAUCAGUUUUGACAUUU